UGUUUUCCCAUAGCCCGAACGAUUCCAUUCAGAAUCUCAUUACACUUGAAAGGGGUUACAACAAAUCUGGCGCAACGUUUUCUCAUGGACGUGUCUGUCGUUAGGGCAGCGUGAGGUGACCAUUACUGCGUACAAAGAGUUGCCUAAAAUAGAGAGCUUUUGUGAGGCGGGAAGACAGGCGAGGGACGAGGUGGGGGCGGGGCGGUCGCCGGCUGCCCGGCGGCUCAGUCGCGCCGCGCCUCACAGCCGCCUCGCACGCCGCACCACGAAGCGUGUCUCUCGGACAGCGCACGCGCACGCGAUACCUCCCCCGCCGCGCCCCUCUACUCAACACGUGCACAUAAUACCAGUGGAAGCCUACAUCGAUGAUAUUCAUCUACUAUUGAACCCAGUUUCACAAUGCAAGAACAAAAUUCAUCAAGAUCUAGCAAAUCCACGUUGAAUUCUUUGGAAAGCGCAAUCAUCAAGCUGAAAAACAACUUGCAGAUACAGGAUACUAAGACAACAGAAAUGAAUAGUUUAUUGGCUGCUGACCCACCGUCGCCUAUUGCGGACACGAAAACAAAUGCAAGUAAGAGUCCUAGUUCUACCCCAUCCACAAAUAUUAACUUAUCGAUUGCAUCAGCCGCAUUGUUACAAGAAAACAUGCUUCAAAGAUCAUUACAAGGAGUAGUAAUAUCUUUACAAAAUGCAAUGAUGAAUUCCUUACAACAAGCGGCAUUGUUGCCAUCUAAUUCAGCUGCGGCAGCCGCUUUAAACCUGCAAGCUUUGGAAUCUUAUUUGACUCUACAACGUUUGACUUCAGUGUCGUCUGUAAACAACACAAACCAAGCAAGUACACCGGAAACUAGUUCUUCGUCUAAACAAGACAUUCUAAGGAUAGCUACGGCAAGUGCAAAAAUAAGUGACACAGAUGCAUCUGAUACGUCGAAAGACUACUCACCGAAAACACCUGAAGUGUACCCGCUGUCAGAUGCGAUCGCAGCAGAAGACGUUGACCUGUCUGAAGAGGUCGAAGAAGACUUAGCACUCCUAGAUAAUGAAGAUGAAUUCACACUAGAACAACACUUAGAAUCGACAUCAAAAGGUUACGGGUAUAGCUCAUCACAGAACUUAGAUAACGGAUACCCCAGUCUUCUGAUGAAUGCUAUGUACCAACAACAAAUGAAUGGAAGUCCAUCCCAAGCUCCACUAUCUCCACAAGCCUCGAAUUCCUCAAAAUCGACAAAUAGCUCAACAUCGUCGACCGGCAGUAGUGUAUCUAAUAAACAAAAGACGGGUGGGAGCGGACCUAGAACAAAGAAACAAUUUAUUUGCAAAUUCUGUAACCGACAAUUUACGAAAUCGUACAAUUUACUUAUUCACGAAAGGACACACACAGACGAACGGCCAUAUUCCUGCGACAUUUGCGGCAAAGCUUUCCGACGGCAAGACCAUCUCAGAGAUCACAGAUACAUCCAUUCAAAGGAAAAGCCAUUCAAGUGUCUGGAGUGUGGCAAAGGCUUCUGCCAGUCCAGAACGUUAGCCGUCCACAAAAUCCUUCAUAUGGAAGAGUCUCCUCACAAGUGUCCAGUCUGCAGCAGAAGCUUCAACCAAAGGUCCAACUUAAAGACCCACCUACUGACACACACGGACAUCAAGCCCUACAACUGCUCCUCAUGUGGAAAAGUGUUCAGAAGAAAUUGUGAUUUAAGACGCCAUAGUUUAACUCAUAAUCUUGUUGGGAUUGCCUCCGUUAACACAUCCCCAAGUGGCUCCAAUGGGAAAAGUCCAUUAUUGAAUCCAAACUUUCCAAUCGAUAGUCUAGAUACAGAAGACGAAAAUUAGCAGUUAUUUUGAUUAGUGGCAAAUGUGAAAAGACUGAUUAUUACUCCUAAUAAGGUGCCUUCUAGUAUUAGGUGUUAGUUUUAACUCAUGCCACGAGUGCCUUAUUUAUGAUUAGAUUCAAGAAUUAUUUUUGAGUUUAGUGUUUACUGAAUUUAUUUAUAAUCUAAAUUCAAUUUUGAUUGUAUUUUUUUAUGGUGUCUUUGUAGUUUCCUCUACUAAAUAGUUUGGUAUUGCAAUUACAUGUAGUUAUAAAUUCUUGCAAUAGUCAAACAGCAUUUGGGUUUUUAGUAUUAUUUAGAUUUAGCUUUUUCUUAAAACCUUGUAUAUUUUCUGAUCUCAUUUUUGUCUGUAAAUAUAAAUUAUAGCUAAGUCAAUUUGUGCGUUCCGUCCACCUUAAGGUUUAUGUAAAGAUGUUUAAUGUGAAUGAAGGUUGUGUAAAAAAGUGUCUUCCUGUACUAUGAGAUUACGAAGGGCGAAUUACAUUCUCAUUCUGUCUCAAGUUUUGUAUUAUUCAAGAUCUUUUUAGAUGUUAUUUGUAAUGUAAUUAAAAUGAUGAGUUUUAUAAGA